AUGUUUCCUAUGUAUCCAUGUUUGUGUUCCCCAUUUCUGGGUUGAUGUUUUUUUAAAGUGGUUGUUGUAUUCCAUAUGAAUUUUGAAUAAUAAUAAUAAAGAUAUUUUUUUUUGUUGUUGCUUUGCUGUGCUCAGGUAUUUUCCAAACAUUGUAUAGCUGUGGAAGGAAUUAUUGAGGUGUCUCGUUGGUAGAGAGACACCACCUCAUGUUCUGGGAAACGGUAUACACUCACUAUAUUGACUUGGCCAUGGAUGUUAGAGGACUGAUUUUCCAAUGUCGUUUGCUGACCAAAAUUGCAACGUGUCCAGUUGUUUUGAUAUUUAGCAAACCAAUGGUCCUAAUCUCAUUCCACUGCCUAAUGCUUAAGGAGAACACUAAAUUCAUAUUCAGUUAGCCAGUGUCAAGCAUCAAGUCAACCUAAAAUAACAUCCCACCGUACCUCAGAAGCUUUGUUUGCAACACCUUUAAAGAUAAUUCAGCAAGCGUCCGUGUCUUUGUUAGGGUUCCGGGGGGAGAGGAGGAGAUGGACAGCUUGCGCAGGGAGCUGGAGGAGAAAAUCCUCAGAAGUGGUGAGGUCAGAGGUGACCGUAGAGACUUUGCAGCUUAGCCUGGCGGAACCUGGAGCGGGCUACCGGAAAGUUCUGGCGCAGCUUGAAGAGCUGGAGAAUAAAAAGGUUGUGCAUGGAAGCACAUGUACAGGAGCUGAAAGCUGAGCUGCACCCGCGAGGACGUCCUCUCUGUGCUGGAGGAGGCGAGGCUGCUCCAGGAAGAUGAGCUAGCUGGGAGCCUGCAGGGCAUGCGGACCAGGCUUCAGAGGACCGACAGGCCAUGCGUGACCAUGAGGUCAGAGAGAGAACCGCCCUGAUUGACUCCCUGACACAGGAAGUGGAGGCCUCUCAAGCUGCGUCGGGAGUACAAAGGGACCGUUGGCUUCUCCGAGACAAGAUGGCGGGACUGAGGAGAGAAUGCCCAGAGGCCCUAGAGGAGAGUGAGAAAAGGCUCCUACAGGAACUGGAAGGAGAGCUGGGAGAGAAACUGGCCCAACAGCAGAUCUCAGAACAGCAGCUGGAUGCGCUAAAAGAGAAACUGGCCCAACAGGAACUGACCUUGGAGCAGCUCAGGGCAGAAAUGGAGGAGGCUAAAGCCAUGGCCCACAUCGACAGCGAGAACUCUGUAGCUGAAGUCGUGACCUUGAGGGGAAAAAGUUGGCUGAUCUGGAGGCGAAGCAGUGCACCCGCCAGACGGAGAGAGAGGGAGGCGGCUGUAACCGUGUCCCAGUCGUAUAACAACGAGCUCAUGUCCCAAAUGGAGAGAGCGGCAGAGUUGGAGGAGACACUAUUCGAGAAGGAGGCGCAGGUGUCGGGCCUGCAGAGGAGCCUGAGGGAGGCGCAGGAGGUUCGGGAGGAUGAGGAGACCGCUGCGGUGCAGGAGGCUCGUAGGAGGGAGGUGGAGAGGAGGAAGGAGCUGCUGGCCGUGGCUAGAGAGGCCAUCGCUCAGAAGGAUGCUAAGCUGGAGAAGAGGCCAUCACCAGGUGAGUGGGCUGGCUGGCACCUUUCACUCUGGGUAGUGGGGAGGCCUACGGGCCAAUCCCAAAUCAUAGACUAUGCACUUGUGGAGAUCUGAGAGGAUUUGAUUGGUAUAAGCAAUAUGGUGAAACUUCCCCGUAGCCUAUCAGGGGGAAAGGAGUAGCUAUUACAAGAUUUGAUUACACCUGUCUUUACAUUUACAUUUUAGUCAUUUAGCAGACGCUCUUAUCCAGAGCGACUUACAGUUAGAGAGUGCAUAAAUGACGUAAAUGUAAAUGUAUACAUUAUUUAUUUUUUAUUUUUCAUACUGGCCACCCGUGGGAAUCGAACCCACAACCCUGGCGUUGCAAACACCAUGCUCUACCAACUGAGCUACAUCCCUGCCGGCCAUUCUCUCCCCUACCCUGGACGACGCUGGGCCAAUUGUGCGCCGCCCCAUGGGUCUCCCGGUCGCGGCCAGCUACUGUCUUCUCAGAUCUCCACAAGUUCAUAGGCCGCAUGGGAUGAUUUGUGAUUGGCCUAAAUGUUUCUUCAUUUGCCCUGCUCCUCCUUACUGGUAAACCUCUCUAAUGUAGUGGUGUUUGAGUUCAUCUCAUGUGUUUAUGACCACAGAUUGAAGGAGACGGCUAAACUGGACUCAGACAAAGUGAAGGGUUAUAGCCAGGACCUUGAGAGAAAAGGUGAUGACAACUGUGAUCUCAAAGAGAAGCUGGCCGACUCAAAAAACAACAACAGAUACAGCAAGUUCAAAAGGAGGUAAAAGCUGAUUUGAUGUUUUAAUAUAUCUUUAUUUAUGCAACAGAUACUAUCAUAGUAGGUGCAUAAUUACAAUAACUAUUAAUAACAUAUCAAUCACUAACGGAUGAAUCACUAUUAAUACAUUAUGAAUCGCUAAUAACGUACAAAUCACUAUUAAUAAUGUACGAAUCACUAUUAAUAACGUACAAAUCACUAUUAAUAACGUAUGAAUCACUAUUAAUAAUGUAUGAAUCACUAUUAAUAACGUAUUAAUCACUAUUAAUAACGUAUUGGCCCUUUUUGUUUCUCCUACCCAAGAUCAUCUCCAUGCGAGAAGAGGAGAAAUCUCAAACUAAAACUGCAGGACUUGGACAAAGUGAAGAAACGGCAUCAGGCUGACUUGGAUAAUAAAGACAGGACCAUACGCCAAUAA